AUGGACGCCAAUGAUAUGGAGCAAAUAAUGACAAUCAUUGGGACGAUUGGAGGAUUCUCCAUCUCCCUUUCCCUCGUUCCACAAGUCUACCUUACCUACAAGACAAAAUGUGCUGACGAUAUUUCCUACACGUACCAGUUUAUCUACAUAUUUGGUGCUUCGUUGGUGAAUGCAUAUGCCAUUUACUUUCAGCUUUACGCCGUUUACAUUCCUUGUUUGUUGGAACUUUGUAUGAUUAUCAUUUUGACAAUCAUGAAGUUCAUGUAUCCACCCCGAAAAGAUCUGAUCGACAUGAGUCGACAUAGCAUAGCCAUAUCUCGACACAAUGUGGCUUUCGGAGCUGGUACGGAUGAGUCUAAAGCCUUGGCAGAGCUGAUUCAAGAACUUGCAGCAUUUGAUUCAGAGCUCGGGGAUAACAAGGACGGAAUCCAUACACAAAUAAGCAGUCUUAUGCUACAGAAGUCGAUAUCGAUGAUGAAGCAACACGCGGUCCACGAACAUCUCGAAAUGGUCAACUCUGACCACGAUCAGGACAAACUGGGCAAAGAUAGCACCAUCGACCUCACUGAAAAGAUGGGAAGCGAAGAUCUGGAUGGAGACUUAUACGAUGCUUAA